UCUUCACCAUCCUUCCAAGAGGAAUCAGCCCAAGUUAAUAGCAAAAGGCAGACGCAUAUCAAUUGAUUGAUACGCACGACAUCGUCAGCUACAGACGAUCCUUACGACAUUCAAAAGUCUUAGCACUUAUCUCUCAAAAGGCAUCAGAAAGCCCAAUUCAUACCCAUAUAAUUGCCCAAAAUGGUCAAGGAAACCAAAUUUUACGAUUUGCUAGGUGUUUCAACCGAAGCAUCGGAGAGCGAACUUAAAAAAGCUUACCGCAAGAAAGCUUUGGCUUUGCAUCCUGACAAAGGUGGUGAUCCAGAACAAUUCAAAGAAGUUACAUCUGCUUAUGAAACUCUAGCCGAUUCACAAAAGCGUGAUAUGUACGACCGAUUCGGUGAAGCAGGUUUGAGCGAAUCAGGUGGUAUGGGUGGUGGAAUGGAUCCUCAAGAUCUUUUCUCACAAUUGUUCGGUGGUGGUGGAGGCGGCUUCUUUGGAGGCGGUGGUGGUGGCAGACCACGUGGACCUCGUAAAGGUAAAGAUUUGCCUCAUCGUGUCAAGGUCACUUUGGAAGAAUUAUACACUGGAAAGGUGACAAAAUUGGCAUUGCAAAAGCACGUCUUGUGCAGCAAGUGUGAUGGUCGCGGUGGUAAAGAAGGUUCUGUUAAAUCUUGUCAAGGAUGCAAUGGUCAAGGUAUCAAGGUGAUCUUGAGACAGUUAGGACCAAUGGUGCAACAAAUGCAACAAACAUGUACCGACUGUCAAGGUACCGGAGAGCAAAUUCCAGCAAAAGACCGCUGCAAGCAAUGCAAUGGUAAGAAGAUCAUUCAAGAACGUCAAGUCUUAGAAGCACGUAUUGAGAUUGGUAUGACAGAUGGUCAACAAAUUGUCUUCAAAGAAGCAGCAGACCAGGCACCCAAUACCAUUCCUGGUGACGUGAUUAUUAUCGUGGAUGAACAACCUCAUCCUCGUUUCAAGAGAAGAAAGAACGAUUUGAUCACAGAUAUUCACAUCGAUCUUUUGACCGCUCUUGGUGGUGGUAAGGUGAACAUUGAACACGUUGGCAAGCACUUCUUGAGCAUUGAUAUUCCUCAAGGUGAAGUCGUCAAGAAUGGUGCAAUCAAGGUUUUGCGCGGUCAAGGUAUGCCUUCUUACCGUCAUCACGAGAUGGGAGACUUGUUCAUCAACAUCCAUGUCGAUUUCCCUGAUGAGAUCCCAAUUGAUAAGAUUCCAUUGCUCGAACAAGCUCUACCGCCACGCAAGAAGCCUUCUGCCAUCACAAAUGAAGAAGAAGUUGAAGAUGUUCAUAUGGAAGAUAUCUCUGAACGUGAAGCUCAUCAAGGAAGAUCACAAGCAAACGGUGCUGGAGCUGGACAGAUGGAGGAAGACGACGAGGAUGAAGCUGGAGGCGGUCCUGGCGUGCAAUGUGCACAAGCUUGAUCGUAUUAAAAUACAUACACAUCAUAUUCCUAUCAUCAAUGAGCACUUUUAGACGCAUGCAAUUCCAUCAUCAUCUUUUUCAUCUCUUUUCCAUCAUUCAUCUUUAGACUCCAUAGAUUCCCAGAGUAGUAUACUAGUUCGUUUAGGUUUAGCCUCUCUUUUCAAUAAAUGUACAUCUCAGUUGUCAC